AUGUCGAACGAUCAGAAGUUUGCAGAGGUCGAACUCACAUCCUACGGGCCCCAACAAGAUGCCUUCAACGAUGCUGCCGACAUGCAGCGCAUGGGCAAGAAGCAGGCUUUCCAGCGUAACUUCCAGUUCGUGUCGAUCGCAGCAUUCUCGGUUGUGGCCAUUGCUGGGUGGUGUUACGUGCCAGGUACAUCGACACCGGCACUUUCGAAUGGUGGCACAGGCGGGAUCAUUGUGAUCUUCCUGAUCAACUGGGUGGGAUUGACGUUCGUUGUCGUUUCCCUUGCCGAGAUGGCAUCGAUUGCCCCUACCGCGGGAGGUCAAUACCACUGGUCGAGCGAAUUUGCGCCUCCGAGCAUGCAGAAGUUCAUCAGCUACCUGUCAGGCUGGCUAUCCUCUAUCGCCUGGCUCUCCGGCAACGCAGGCGGCAUGUUCAUCUCCGGCUCAGCUAUGCAAGGCUUGAUUGUGGCAACACAGCCGAACUACGUUCCUGAGCCCUACCAAGGCUACUUGUUCGUUGUUAUGGUUGCGACCUUUGCGCUGCUAGUGAACACGCUGCUUGCGCGGCACCUGCCACGUCUGGAGGGCAUUGUGUUUGUCUUCUUCAUCCUCGCGUUUAUGGCAACACUUGUCGUGCUCUGGGUUCUGGCGCCACGUUUGACUGCUGCUGAGGUCUUCACCACAUUCACCAAAGGAGAAGGGUGGGACAGCUUGGGAAUCAGUCUUCUGGUCAGCCAAGGAGCCAUCAUGUUCCUGAUCGUCGGCUCGGAUGCUACAGCGCACAUGGCAGAGGAGACGAAGAACGCUUCCACCGUCGUGCCCAAAGCAAUGAUCACCAGCUAUUUCGUCAACGCUGGCCUCGGGUUUGUGAUGACGGUCACUUUCUGCUUCGUGUUGAAGGACUACGACGCUGCCGUUGACUCUCCCGUUGGUGCCAUUGGACUUCCGUACAUACAAGUGUUCAUCAAUGCAACAGGCUCGGUUGCCGGAGGGAGCGCUCUAAUCGCCAUCCUCACGAUACUCCAGGUUUUGGGCAUCGUCAACUGGACAGCAUCUUGCGCCAGACAGAUCUUUGCUUUUGCCCGCGACAAGGGCUUUCCCUUUGGCAGCUGGAUCGCCAAAGUCAACGAAGCCGGCACAUACCCCAUCAACUCGCUCAUCGUCGUCUGGGCAUAUGUCGUCCUGAUCAACCUAAUCACACUCGGCAGCAUCGUCGCCUUCGAAGCAAUCGUCUCCCUUCAGAUACUGGCCCUCAUGUCGACGUACCUGGUCUCGCUCGGCUGCAUCGUCUGGCGACGACUCUUCGGACUACCGCUGCCCGCUAGCCCUUGGACACUCGGCAAGCUGGGAUUACCGAUCAAUAUAAUCGGUAUUGCCUACUGCCUGUUCCUGAUCAUAUUCCUGCCGUGGCCUGGAGCUGUGCCAGUGACUCCGGACACGAUGAACUGGGCCUCCGUGAUGUUUGGCGGGAUCAUGCUAAUCGCGGGAAUCUACUAUGUGUUGCAUGCCAGGAAAGAGUACAAGGGGCCGGUGAUGUAUGUCAAGACACGGGAGCUGUGA